UACCUUUUGGUGACCUAGACCAGGACAACAUCAAGGAUUUUCGUUUCAAUUCCGACUCGUUAUCAACAUCAUCAUCCAGAAUUCUUUCUUAUUACAGUCACCCCUACCCGUGUCGAUCUUCUGAAAACACCCAAUUCAUUCAUUCAUUCGAUCAAAAUUCAAAAUGCUUCCACAUGCCCAAUCGAUGACUUCACCUCUCCAAUCUAUCUUCUCCCCAAAACUUCCAAUUUCUCAUUCCAAACCCAUCUUUAACUACAAACCUCGCUUCGAUCCUCCCAAGUCCUUACUUCUCCAGCCUUUGAGAUGUUCGGUUUCUCUGGCGCCCGAACAAACCCAUUUACAAUCAAAUGUCACUACCAAGAGUAAUAAACCCUCCCCAGCUGAAAUUUCAAGAACAAUCAUGGAGUUAUCCUCUGUUGGCACCUUUUCAACUACGGCCCAAGACAAUUGGCCUCUUGCUGUUGGUGUUCGCUUCGCCGUUGACCCAGAAGGCACACCAAUUGUUUGCUUAAGUGCUUCUCAUCACCAUUUCGCUAACGACAAAAGGUCCUCCCUUAAUGUUCAGUUAGAGCAAUCUGGUCUGCGAACAACACAGUGCACCAUCCAAGGUAGCCUUCACAGACCUGACGAUGAAAAUCUCUUGAAGAAGAUUAAGUCACUAUGGGCAAAGAGAUUUGGAGAAAAAGCAGACAAUGAAUUCAUCCAUAUUCUUGAUGUGCAACGUGUAUUGCAAAUGGACAACUUCAUGGAGGAUGGUGUAUGGGUUUCUUCUUCAGAUUAUGGACUUGCAAAUGCUGAUCCACUUAAAGAUUCUGCUGAGCGUCUAGUUCAUGAGAUAAACACAAAUAACAUGGAAGAUGUUCUCCGGUUUUGCAAUGUCUUUGUGGAUUCAGAUGUACAGGUGUCAGAAGCAAAGAUGGUGUGGGUUGAUCGAUUAGGGUUUGACAUACAUCUGUAUUCUCCCCAAAAUGAUGUCUUUGAGGUCCGGAUUCCUUUCCCUAGAGAAGUUACAGACGAGAAAGGGGCAAAAUCGUCUUUUAAUGGCAUGUCCCAGACAGCAUGGGAAGUAGAAAAAAACUACCAUACCCUAGAAUUUGAGAAAGUAAAACAGUUGAAGAAAAUAGCCUCCAAGGUACAAUGAUUACAAGUUUCCUGAUUUUGAUCAUACCAUUUUGUAAGAUGAGUUAUAUUUUGAUUAAUCAAUAAGGAAAAUACAGUCUGUUUUAUAUACA